AUGCGCCGCGCCAGCCGAGACUACACCAAAUACCUGCGCGGCUCGGAGGAGAUGGGCGGCGCGGGCGCCCCGCACGAGGGGCCGCUGCACGCCCCGCCGCCGCCCGCCACCCCCGCGGCCGCCGCCGCCUCCCGCUCCACCUUCGUGGCCCUCCUGGGGCUGGGGCUGGGCCAGGUCGUCUGCAGCGUCGCCCUGUUCCUCUACUUCCGAGCGCAGAUGGAUCCUAACAGAAUAUCAGAAGAUGACACUCACUGCAUUAAUAGAAUUUUCAAGCUCCAUGAAAACACGGAUUUGCAAGACACAACUCUGGAGAGUCAAGACUCAAAAUUAAUACCUGAUUCGUGUAAGAGAAUUAAACAGGCUUUUCAAGCAGCUGUGCAGAAGGAAAUGCAACAUAUUGUUAAAUCACAGCACAUUAGAGCAGAAAAAGCCAUGGUGGAAGGUUCAUGGUUAGAUCUGGACAGAAGGAACAAGCCUGAGAUUCAGCCCUUUGCCCAUCUCACGAUUAAUGCCACUGACAUCCCAUCAGGUUCUCACAAAGUGACUCUGUCCUGCUGGUACCAUGACCGAGGUUGGGCCAAGAUCUCCAACAUGACCUUCAGCAAUGGCAAACUAAUAGUUAACCAAGACGGCUUCUACUACCUGUACGCCAACAUCUGCUUCCGACAUCAUGAGACUUCGGGAAACCUCAGUGCGAAUUAUCUUCAGCUGAUGGUAUAUGUCACCAAAACCAGCAUCAAAAUCCCCAGCUCUCACACUCUGAUGAAAGGAGGGAGCACCAAGUACUGGUCGGGGAAUUCUGAGUUCCAUUUUUACUCCAUAAACGUGGGAGGAUUUUUUAAGCUACGGUCUGGCGAGAAAAUAAGCAUUGAGGUCUCCAACCCUUCACUACUGGAUCCAGAUCAAGAUGCAACGUACUUUGGGGCUUUUAAAGUUCGAGAUAUAGAUUGAGCCCCAUGUCGGGGAGAGUUUUCCCGUGUUUCCUAGGAUGUAUAGAAAACUUCCAAAACAAGCCAAGAAAGAUGUAUAUAGGUAUGUGAAAGUACUCAGAGCUACGACCCACAGGGUACAAGAAGACCCUACCCAUGCCUUUGACUCUGUAGGGAGUAAAUAUAUUUACAGCCAAUGGGAGAUGUUGGACUCAAGGUGUAUAAAAAUCUAAGGGUUUUCUUACAUAAUGGUUCAUAAAUUUUGUAAUGAAUUCCUAGAAUUAAAGCAGAUUGGAGCAGUUAUGGCUGCCUUUAUGAAAAACUGCCUUUGGGCAAUGGGAGGGGUUAAUUCUCUGGCUCUAUAAUCUGUGGGUUGUAUACCAUCAUGCAGUUGAAGUGGAGAGGGCGUCUUCUAAUUGCAAAGUGAUGACCCUCUGAAAAAGGGUUAAAUUCUUUUGAAUUGUUACAUCUUGCUGGAACCUGCAAAUAAAUACUUUUUCUAAUGAGGAGAGAAGAAUAUAUGUAUUUUUAUAUGAUAUCUAAAGUUAUAUUUCAGAUGUAAUGUUUCCUGUGCAAAGUAUUGUAAAUUAUAUUUGUGCUAUAGUAUUUGAUUCAAAAUAUUUAAAACUGUCUUGCCGUUGACAUAUUUAAUGUUUUAAAUGUACAGACAUAUUUAACUGGUGCACUUUGUAAAUCCCCUGGGGGAAAACUUGCGGCUAAGGGGAAAAAAUGUUGUUUGCUAAUAUCAACUGUAUUAUAUUUCUCCAUUCUUUUUAACUUAAUAGAUUUUUCAGACUUGUCAAGUCUGUGCAAAAAAAUUAAAAUGGAUGCCUUGAAUAAUAAGCAGAAUGUUGGCCACCAGGUGCCUUUCAAAUUUAGAAGCUAAUUGACUUUAGAAAGCUGACAUUGCCAAAAAGAUACAUAAUGGGCUACUGGGCUCCGUCAAGAGUAUUUAUAUAAUUAUUAAACAGGUGUUUUUUUUCUACAAGUGCUGCAAAUUGUAAAUUUUUUUUAAUGAAAAAGUUAUCAGUGGCUUACAGCAAAGAAAUUCCAUUUUUAAUUUAGUGGAAGUCAUUUUAUACUAUACA